AUGGCGAGCCACCCGUUCUACCCCCCCGAUCUCCAGGUGAUUGGCUAUGUUGCCAACACCCUCAGCGUCCCUGCGCUGCUCGGCAGUUUUGCUCUUGCAACCCUAGCGGUCAUUGUCGUCACUUCUCUGAUCUUGAAAAGCUUCCGGCCGACAAUCUCCCGUCUCGACAAGAUCCUGGUGGGAUGGUUUAUCUUCACCGGAUGUAUCCACCUCUUCCUUGAAGGCGACUUUGUAUACAACCACCGCAGCAUGCCGGGCAGGACGGAUCUCUUCGGUCAGCUGUGGAAGGAGUACGCCAAAGCCGACUCGCGGUAUAUGACCAUGGAGCCCUUUGUGCUGGGCAUGGAGACCAUCACGGCGUUUGCAUGGGGGCCACUCUCCUAUCUGAUCGCCUGGCUGAUCGUCGUGCAAUCGCCCCACCGCCAUCCGGUGCAGAUGCUCGUCUCCAUGGGCCAGGUCUAUGGCGACGUCUUGUAUUACGCAACCAGCAUGCUCGACGAGUCAUACCAUGCUCUCUCCUACUCGCGUCCAGAGGCGUAUUACUACUGGGGGUACUUUAUUUUCUUGAAUGCCUUUUGGAUUGUCAUUCCGGGGGUCUGUAUGUACCAGAGCUACUCGGCAAUGCAGCGCUUCGCCAUUCAGUUCGAGACCGCCGGCCUGUAUAUCAUCGGCACACCCACCGCCCAGAUGCACAUCACAUUUGACGAGCUGCUGGACUCGCUGGGCGGGAUCGUAGGCCUGCUCGAGUACGGCCUUGGGUGGCGCGUGUGCCAUUCCCUCGUGCACCGCAUCAUCCGCUACCGCCAAUGGAACGUCCUCAAGGCAUCCCAGGCCCUCUGGAUCGAGAGCUCGAGUCCCCUCUUCUACGAGCUGCGCCAUGCCAGCGAGUCGAUCCGCGUCACCCCCGCCGAGCUGGAGGGCAGCCGGUUUGGCCGCAUCAUCAAGGAGGAAUGGGAUGGCGGAAUGCAUGUCCGCCAGAAGCGCUGGAUUGCGCGCAUGAUUGUCGCCGCGGCGCUGGCGGGCAUGUUCAAGAAUAUCUCUUCCUUCUUUCACUCGCGGCGGCUGGCAACUAGGCAGUGA